GGAUGAACUGGAUAGCAUCCAAAGAUCUAUUGAUCACAGCGGUAUUGCUGAGGAUGCGUGGUGUCUGCUUUGUCCAGAACAAGAGUUGGAAAGGCUACAGUGCGAAGAAGAACGUCGGAAAAAAACAGCAGUUGGUCGAAGAAGAGGCAGAAGUAAUACCUGACUUGGCAAAUGAAAACAGAACCGCUCUAAACUUACAAAAGCAAAAGUCAAUGAGUCGAAAUGAUGGCUUGGCAUUGAUCCGCUCCCUAAAUAACACUCAAAUGGACAUUUUUUUACAAAAUUAGACAGUGGUGCCUUGAUAAAGUAGGUGGGAGAAAACCCGAGCCAUUACAUUUAUUCAUCACAGGUGGUGCCGGGACAGGAAAAAGCCACCUAAUUAAAGCCAUCCAAUAUGAGGCUACCAGGUUGUUGUCAACAAUGUGUCGGCAACCGGACAAUAUUUCUGUCUGUCUAGCUGCACCAACAGGGAUUGCUGCUUACAAUUUGAAUGCCACAACAAUACACAGCACCUUGAGCAUUGGCAAGGAUACCCGUUUGCCUUACACACCACUGGGUGAGGAAACGGUGAAUUCCUUGCGUGCCAAGUUUGCGGACCUCCAAAUUUUGAUUAUUGAUGAAAUAUCGAUGGUUGAUCACAAGUUGUUGACGUACAUUCAUGGUAGACUCCGACAAAUUAAGCAAACCGGUGACUAUGCUGCAUUUGGCAACGUCAGCAUCAUCGCCGUCGGGGAUUUUUACCAGUUACCGCCAGUCAAAGGAAAGCCUCUUUAUGUCGAAGACGCCACUUUCAACUUGUGGACAAAUCUUUUCAGUGUUGUCGAACUGACAACGAUAGUCCGGCAAAAAGAUAAUCAGUUUGCAGCCUUGCUAAAUAGACUCCGCAAACAUCCAAAAGGUGCGGCGUUGUUGGAAACAGACAUAGAACUUUUGAAACAGCGCGAAACGGGUGAGGUCAGCUCCGCGUUACAUGUGUUUCCAACCAAUCAACAAGUAAACGAAUACAAUCUAAAACAGCUUUUCAGGAUCUGUCCGGAGUACACAACAAUAAAAGCUGAGGAUUUCAGCCAAAACAAAAAAUCUGGUAAAUUAGAAAGAAAAGUAGGGCACCACAGCAAGGUUUACAACACGUGUUUAGAGGAAACUCUGCACAUCGCUAAAGAUGCACGUGUAAUGCUUUGCAAAAACAUCGAUAUUGACGACGGCUUAGUUAACGGGGUUAGUGGCACUGUCUCUGAUGUUCUUUUCCAAAAGGAUGACACAUUUCCGAGUAAGAUCUAUAUAAAGUUUGAUGAUGCCAAAGUAGGUCAACAAAGGCGCGCACAAACUGCUGAGUCUGUCACGCUAAAAGACAGUACAUUUAUUCUGCCAGAGGAAGAAAAAGUAACUAAAAGCGGUGGCAUGCGUCGCCAGUUCCCUCUGAAGCUCGCUUGGGCUUGCACGGUACAUAAAGUCCAGGGUGUUACCGUGAGCAAUGUAGUUGUGUCUCUAGACAGGGUGUUUUCCGCAGGGCAGGCGUAUGUUGCAUUGAGUCGGGUCACAGCUUUAGACGGUUUGAUUAUUGAAAAGUUUAAUGCCGAAAAGAUUUACUGUAAUGAUGCCAUUAAGAAUGCUGUAGGUAGGAUGCCAGCAUUUUUGACAGAAAGUGAACCAACACAAACAAAUGUACAACCACCACAUUUCACAAUUUAUUUGAUGAAUGUCCAAAAUUUGACAAAACAUGCGUCAGAUUUGGCAGCAUGUACACAGCACCUGCAGCCUAACUGCAUCGCUGUGACAGAAACGUGGCUGCCAACACCCAGGAGUGUAACCAUUCCUGGGUACCAUUUCCAUAGCCAACCACGAUGUUUGUCUUACUCCAGCAGUAACCCUGCUUUGGUAGAAUUACAAGGGCAACAGCAUGGCGGAGUUGGCAUGUACAUUGCAGACCACCUGCACUGUAGUGUUGUCUCCGCCCCAAACUUCAACUUGGAAGUUUUACUGGUGAACUGCUCCUCACCCAGUGUGUUAAUAGCAGUUGUGUAUCGACCACCCUCCUAUCCAAUGGCGUUGUUUCAAGGUCACCUUGGCACGCUGCUGGAUUGGUUGCACCAGAAGUACGCCAGCAUUGUCGUACUGGGAGAUUUUAAUGAAAAUUUGUUAAAAUCUUCCACUAUCAGCACAUUCAUGGCUAGGAAAGGGUUCUGCCAGUCAGUCAAACAUCCUACCACAGAAAAGGGUACAUUAAUUGACCAUGUAUAUGUCAAAACAUCACACUUUGAUGUAGAAUCGGUUGUGAUGCCCACUUAUUUCAGUGAUCAUGAAGGGAUUUUGUGCUCUUUUAAACACUAAAUUUAAAACGCACACACAUACACAUUCCACUUCAGCAUUCUUCUGGCAGUCUUAUAGUGUAAGUGUAUUGUAUAGUGUAAAAUAGGUUUAGGUUCAACCAGUGGACAAUUUACAAUCCACGAGUUUACUUGCCCACGAGAACGGUGGAUUGUAUUUGUCAAUCACGGAAUAAAAGUGAAAUCACUGGUCAUAGUUAAGAUCCCAGUUUCUGUCAAACCAGUAAAUUAACAUGUACAUAAUGUAAACAUGUAAAUAUUGUAAACAUGUAAAUAUUGUAAACAUGUAAAUAUUGUAACAUCUGCAUGUAUUUUAAAUAGUGUAAAUAUGUAUAUAUGUAAAUAUGUAUAUAUGUAAAUAUGUAUAUAUGUAAAUAUGUAAAUGUGUAUAUAUGUAAAUAGUACCUGAUGAAAUGAUCCCAGUGCUGCCUCACUCACCUGUCCUCUUGUCUUGAUAGUUACCGCCUGUCUGCCUUAAAGUAAAAUACUAAAGGGAUUCAAACCUUUUUCAACAGUUAUUUUUCUAACCAAAUUGUAUUAGUCAAUCACUGGCGCAAAAUUCAACCACUGCCCAAAAUUAAGAAUCAAAGGGAUUAAAACUAAGACUUUUCUGAACACGUUGGUAUUUUUCUAACCAGUGGACAUUUUCCAAUCCGCGAGUUUACUCUUCCGAGAACGGUGGAUUGUGUUUGUCAAUCACUGGCGAAAAAUACGUUUUUUCAGACACGGUAAUGAAGACAAUGAGGGCAAUGUAAAUAUGUAAAUGAAUAUGUGAAUAUGUGAAUAUGUGAAUAUGUGAAUAUGUAAAUAUGUAAAUAUGUAAACAUGUAAACAUGUAAACAUGUAAAUAUGUAAACAUGUAAACAUGUAAACAUGUAAACAUGUAAAUAUGUAAAUAUGUGAAUGUAUAUUGUGACUAACCUCUGCUCUUGUCUUUCCAGUUGCCGGCUGUCUUCAGUUCCACGCACAUGAUCUUUAUAUUAAACAUAGUAGCAGUAGAAGUACAUGCGUAGAUUUAACAUAGUAGCAGUAGAAUAGCAUAGAAGUAAAACUAAUCCCAUAAGUGCAUCAUACCAACUAUUAUAAUAGCAAUGUAGUCGUUUGCAUGCAUGUGAGUUUUCAUCAACAGGACAAGACCCCUCUGACGGUGUGAGUGUCCUCUGACAACUGCUGCAUGUGUGAAUGCUGGCUGCUUCCAGAGGAGCACCCACCGUUGCACCUUGACAUCCACCCAUUGAUGACUGGAUAGGAUACUGGUGAUUCCGGGAACUGGUCAUCGUGGGACUGCAACUGCUGAUCUUUUCCUCCACCCAUUCUUAACCCUCUGUUCUUUCUUCACCGCUGUCUACCUACCAUCUCUCCAUGUCAUCCCUCUCAACCCAACCGGUCGAGACAGAAGGCCGCCCCAUAGAGCCUGGGUUCUGUCCAAGGUUUCUCAAAGAGUUUUUCCUUGCCUCCGUUGCCAAGUGCUUGCUCGUGUGGGGUUCAGUUGGUUCUCUUUCUAGAUAACUUCCAUAUGAUGAUUAGAAUUGGCACUAAA